CUGCAAACACUGUCAAGAUGUCUGACGGCCGUGGUUUACUUUUGUGACAAAAAUCUUAGCAAUUUUUAGAUUCACGACUACUAUCAUUAGGUUUUUACCAUCGUAUGUAAAAGCAGAGCGACCCGAAUUAACGCAACGAUGGUGAAGAAAAAGAGACAAAGCGAUCCCGGUGAAAACGGCGACGAGUCGACGGAGUCUUGCGACGAGAGUGUGAAGUCCGCAUGUCCUCACGUCGCCAAGGCAGUGGACCUAACACGUCUCAAAAAGUCAUUAAAAGCGGGAGGCUUCGAAAAGGAAUGCUCGGAAUGUAAGAAGAGUAAUAAGAUAGAAGAACUGGAUCCAAAUUUUGAAGAAGAUGUAACACUUUGGAUGUGUCUACGGUGCGGGUCGCAGCUGUGCGGCCGCACGCGUAAUAAGCACGCCCUCAACCACUUCAACACGCCACACUCCGACUGCCACUCACUCACUGCCAAUACAACAACUUGGGAGAUCUAUUGUUAUAGUUGUAACAAUGAAGUGACCGCUUCUAGCUCAAAGAAGCUUCAUGAGUGUAUCGAAUAUGUCAAAAGACAAGCCUCCUGUAAUAAACUGCUACCUUCCUUUGAGCCUCUCUUUGACAGUCAACCGAAGAACUUUGAUGUCCCGUUGCCUGUUGAAUCAAUAAUAAAAACUGAUCAAAUCCCAAAAGGGAAAGAUAAGGCAAUGGCUUUGAGCCUACCCCGGGUAAGGGGUCUUUCAAAUUUAGGGAAUACAUGUUUUUUUAAUUCUGUGAUGCAAUGCUUGGUGCAAACCCCGUACCUGCAAGAUGUUCUCCAUGAGAUGGCUACUCCUGGUGAGCGGUUCACCUUGCCAGGAGGGAAGCUUAAGCUGAAGAUAGAUGGAGAUGAUGUAAAGGAAGUGGAACUUCCACCAAUUACAGGACAGUUGGGAGAGUGGGGAACAUUGACUAGAACACUGUCUGAAACUUUGGGUGAUUUGAAAGCAGGUGAGGGUGGUGUGUACACACCGCGCAAGCUGCUCUCCGCACUGGUUAAUAAACUACCGCAGUUUGGUGGUGGAGAUCAACAUGAUGCACAUGAGCUGCUCAGACAUCUACUGGAAGCUGUCAGAUCAGAAGACUUGCGUCGUUACCAGUCUGUAAUACUCAGUAGCCUUGGUAUGAGCUCCAAGGUGGAUCCCGCUAAAGUUGAUGGAGAGGUCAAGCAGAAGGUCAAGUUCUAUGGUCAGCAGGCCUCUGAUACCAUGCUUAGACCUGAACAGGUGUUCCGAGGGUUUCUGGUGUCGACGCUGGAGUGUCAGGAGUGCUUUCACCAGUCGGACCGCGCGGAGUACUUCCUGGACCUUUCGCUGCCGGUGGCCGCCACCAGGCCGCAGCCGCCAGCACUCGUGCGCAGGAAAACACCCAAUGAAGAGAAUAUGUACAAUGUGCAAGAAGAAAAUAAGACAUCCAAACAUCAACUCAAAAAGGAGAGGAUGGCCGCGAGAAAAGCCGCGCGGAAAAGCAAAGGUAAUUCAAACAAAGACAAGAACUCUGGUGAAGCCAACGGCAGCAAGGAAGAGGGCAAGUCGUCGUCGGAGCAGUCAGACGCGGAUGUGGAGGAUAACCUGGAGGAGCUGCCGCGGCGCGCCGACACGCACUGCGCCUCCGUCGGCAGCCAGGCCAUCGCACACACCGCCGCCAACUUCGCCGCCUAUCACAUGGAGUCCGGAUACAACUCGGAGAAGGUCGUCAGCUCCGACUCCAUCCGCGCCAGCCCCGCACUCGACAAGGAGAAGGCCGACGGUACCCCCGAGGCCCCCGACAAGGACAGGGAGUACGUCAACAGCUCCACCUCCACCACCACCAUCCCUCUCGAGUACAAGUCUCUCGCCUCCCUCGAGAACCUCUCUAACCCCGACUCCGGCGUGGCCAGUCCGGAGGCCACCAAGCACAACUCCACCGAAACCGUAGACAACGUCGACUCGCCAAUCAACGGCAAGGAGCUGGGCAGUCAUAGCUCCCUCUCCAGUGAAAUUAAUCUGGACCUAUCGAGUCCGCAGCACAGCAAGCCUUCGCCAGUGAAGAGCGAGUACGAGAGACCCAUGUCAAGGAUAGCUUUCGCUCCGGAAUACACCAAUGAGGUGGUAACGCGCGGCAUUAGCGUCAAGGGCUCCAGAAGCCUGCUGGAGCACAGCGGCGAGAGCAGCUACGAGUCCCUGCCCGAGAGCAAGCCGCCGGAGCCCGCGCCCUAUAACGUCAGCAACCAUCAGAACGUUACCGAGAUAUUAGACAAGUUGAAAUUAGAUGUGGACGAACCCGCGGCGCCGUUGCCCGCGAUCCCGCUGCCCCCGAUCCCUCUGCCUGCGAUCCCUCUGCCCGCCCCCGACCCCUCCCCCGUUGAAAGCCCCCUGUACCCUCCGCCGACCGUUCCGCGCCCCAAAAACAUGGAACCCGAGAAAAGUCAAAGAGAUUACUCGUCCCUCAACCGGCAAAGUCCCAUGUCGUCUCGAUACAUCUGCGACGAGGACGAGUGCAGCAUCCAGUCCUGCUUGAGUCAGUUCACGGCGCUGGAGCUGCUCACGGGCAACAACAAGGUCGGCUGCGAGACCUGCACCGAGAGGAUCAACGGCAAGGACGGGAAGACCGUCUACACGAAUGCCACGAAACGCUUCCUCGUGUCCAGUCCGCCGGCUAUCCUCAUCCUCCACCUGAAGCGGUUCCAGAUCGGGCCGCGCUGCAUGUUCCGGAAGAUGACGAAGCACGUGGACUUCCCGACGAUCCUGGACCUGGCGCCGUUCUGCGCGAUGGACAAGCUGAAGAAGCUGCCGAACGUGUCGCGCGGGCAGAGCGAGCUGCAGUACUCGCUGUACGGCGUGGUGGAGCACUCGGGCGGCAUGCACGGCGGGCACUACGUGGCGUACGUGAAGGUGCGCCAGCCCGUGCGGCCCGCAGACCCGCGCUGGUGGUUCCUGCCCAAGAGCGCCAACAUCCCCGCCUCCAGCGGCGGCGACGGCGACGCGGACUCGGAGUCUGACCUGUCGGGCUACGAGUCGGGCGAGGGCCCCGCACCGCCGCCCGCGCCGCCCGCCGGCAAGUGGUACUACGUCUCCGACAGCAUGGUCUCCGAGGUCACCGAGGACAAGGUGCUGAGGGCGCAGGCUUACCUCCUCUUCUACGAGAGAAUUUUAUAAAUUCUAACUCGGUGUGCACGGAACGGCCCUAACGGUUUUGUUUGCUUCACGAAUGGAUGGCAUUUAAGUGGAAGACUGACGCUUCAGAGAUACGACGACUCGGUUCUCACGUGACGGAUGUUUAACGAAACGCUCUGUACAUAGCUUACGCGUUUUGAUAUAACCGGCUUUUUGUUUUUAUUUUAAUAUGGCGAUAACGUACAUCGCUUUUUUCGUAAUGAGUUUUAAAUUAUAUUAAUAUUUAGAUUACACAAUAGUGAUUGUGAAUUGGUUUUAAAUUCAUUUAGAAUAUAAAUAGCAAAAUGACGUAUACAGCGGCAAUAAAGACGAUGUCCGAUACACGGACCGUUGUUUUGUAUGGAGCCCUAGCACGUGUCCGAAUGAUUUAUAAGAAUCAUAGCCUUAUUUAAUGUUAACACAAUAUUGCAGAAUAUCAUCUGUACAGUUAUAUUGCGUGACGAAUUAUGUUAGUUUACAAAUCAUUGAAGUAUUGCCAGAUUAGUUAAUGUAUUGUUUCAAGUAACUUGGCUGUAUUGCGAUCAUUUAUGAAAUGUAUUAUGAACUAUAUCACAAUUUAUUUGAUUUGUUUUAACUAUUGGAAGGCUAAUUCAUUAAGAAUAAAUGUAUCGCUUCAGGUACGAUAAUAAAUGAAGUAUACAAUAAACAACGAAGUUUUUAAAA